AAGCUGCCAUACCCCAGGCAGCUAUCUUUACAGGCGGUUGUGUGAGUCAGUCGCAGCAGAAGGGAACAGAACAGCGGGGGUGCAACAAGAGGAGGCAGGAGUGGAGUUACACUGAAACCUGAAACUUUCUAUUCAGAGAACAUUUAUCCACCGGACUCUUGGAGCUUUUCUCCAUUUAUUUUUUCUCUUGUAGCAAGUCUAUUCUAUACUGAAAGCUCCAGUGAGUUGCAUUUUACUUUUAUCCUGUAGACUCUCCUCUGUUGUGAACAAUGAGAUCCAUUGAACCUUUGUGCCGUUGGAGAAUCAUCCCUCUGGCAUUGACCAUGGCAGUGGUGUCCAUGAGCAGAGCCUCUGAGUAUGAAUACCUGAGCUGGAAAUCGGACUUGUACAAUGGUGGCCGCAGCUAUGGCAAGCCUCCUCAGUGUGUGGAUAUCCCAGAGGACCUGCGGCUGUGCCACAAUGUGGGCUACAACCAGAUGCUGCUGCCUAACCUACUGGAGCAUGAGACUAUGGCUGAGGUGAAGCAGCAGGCGGGCAGCUGGGUGCCCCUGGUGCAUAAGAGCUGCCACCCGGGUACCCAGGUGUUCCUCUGCUCCCUGUUUGCCCCAGUGUGCCUGGAGCGCCCCAUAUACCCCUGCCGCUGGCUGUGUGAGGCUGUACGGGAUGGCUGCACCCCUAUCAUGGAGUCCUUCGGCUUCCCCUGGCCUGAGAUGCUCACCUGUGACAAGUUUCCCCAGGAUGACGUGUGCAUUGCCAUGACUGCACCCAACGCCACUGAAGCUACCAAGCCCACAGGUUAUUCCCCCAUAUGUCCCCCAUGUGACAAUGAAAUGAAAACAGACAUCAUUCUAGAGCACAUGUGUGCCAGCGAGUUUGCUAUCAGGACCAAGAUCAAGGAGGUAAGACGGGAAGGCACGGACCGCAAGGUAAUUCUGCAGAAGAGGAAGAAGAAAUUGAAACUGGGCAACCUAAAGAAGAAUGACCUAAAAAAGCUGGUUCUGUACCUGAAGAACGGAGCCGACUGCCCCUGCCAGCAGCUGGAUAACUUGGGCAGCACUUACCUGAUCAUGGGGCGCAAGGUGGACACGCAGUUCCUCCUGACAGGGAUCCACAAGUGGGACAAGUCCAGCAAAGAGUUCAAAAAGGCCAUCAAGAAACUCAAGACCCACAAGUGUCCAGCUUUUGAGAAUGUCUUUAAAUAAUCAGACCCAACUUUUUUAGAAGCAUCUCAUCAUCAUGAUACACAAUAACCUGCACAACCAACAAUCCACAUGUUGUUUUUGUUCAUAUAUCUAUAUAAACUGUAUAUCUUUCUAUAUUUACAGUCCUGCUUUAAAUUUUUCCAUCAUCCAUUUUGCAGUGGAGCGUUGUGAUCAUUGAGACCUCCUGCUAUAGUGGUUUCCAGUUAUCUGAAAAAGUUAAUGACACUGCACCCUCUUCCUCCUCUAUUGAAACCAUUUCCACUUUGUGUAUGUAGAUACUUGUGUUACACACUCCCUGAAUGUGCAGUAAAAAUACCACAAUUCAGUGAGUUCUGCUGAAGUGGAUGGACUUGCUUCUUUUGCUCUGAACAUGAAUAAGUAGAUCAUAGAAUCAUCAAUUAGAUCAUAUUGAAUAGAUUAUACAGAAUCAAUAAUAACGUGUAUUUUUAGCUUUAAAAGGCACGGAUAGGGUCAUUGAAUAACUUAUUGACGAUAUUAUGAUAGCGUGCCUUCACCUGAUUGUCUCAUCAAAAUAAUGACUGCACUACAGUUGAUAUUAAGAAUGUCGUCCUCUUUUCAGUUGCCUCAUUUGUUUGACAUUUUCUUUGACUUUAAAAAAUAUAUACAAAUGUCAAUCCUAUCAAUUCCAGUACAUCAACUGCAUCAUCUGAGUGAAAAUACCUUUUGCCUAAUGGUACAGUAUAUGAAAUAUACUGUGUGCCAAACACUGUAUGUUAUAAUGCAUGCAAUGUUUGGUGUUUCAAUUCAAUUGCACAACAGCCUCUUGAGUGGCCACUGGUAUAGAAUAAUUAAAUACAUCCCUUGCAUUUGUAUAUGAUGUCAGAUAAUAUUUUACCAAAAGUUUUCUUAAUUUUUUUGUUAAUGCAGUAUUCAAUUGCUGUCCAUCCAGAUUGAUGUUUAUUAAGUUUGUGACAACUUUGAAAGUGCAAAUCUGUAUUUUUAAUUGUUUUGUUCAGUAUUGCUGGUACAUCUUAGCACUAUCACGUUAAAUUACAGAUUUUUUAUGGCUGCAGUGCAUUGCUGCCCGUUGUUAUGUACAUACACAUUUUACAUAAAUAUAGAAAACAAUGACAUGUUGUCUGGAAUGUUCUUUCCAUUUCAGAUUGUGUAACCUAUACCAUUUCUGUAGAGAUAUUACUCGCAGUACUGCUUGCUCUCAAGCAGUUAAAGCUGGAAUGAAAUAUCAAGUGUGGCUUGUAUUUCAAUGAUACCCACAGUUUAUACUCAUACAACACAGUAAUAAAAUGGGAAACCACAUACAUGGCACAGUA